UUCUGCGAGCACGCGGAAGUGUAGCACAAGGCAGAAACCACGUGCAAACCACCACGUGGUCCCGAAGUGGUUUCUGUCAACAUUGAAGAGAAACCUGGCUAGCCACCAACUUGAGUUAAAAACCAAUGCAGUGAGCCAUUUACAGGAAAACUAUUGCUGUCGGAAUGGCAUCAGAAGCAAAAAGACCUAAGGUGGACGGAGGUUCGACCUCAGAAGGCUCCUCGGGUGAUCCUCUGGAGAACUUCUUGCGCUGGUGCGAGAAAGUAGGUCUGACGCUGAGUGACAAGGUUUACCUGAGCAGAGAGGGCACGGCUGCGGAGUAUGGCAUGCUGGCUAGCAGGGACAUCGAGGAGGGAGAGGUCAUCUUCUCCAUUCCCCGGACCGCCGUCCUGUUCCAGAGCACCACCAAGGUCAAAGCUGUUCUGGAGGAAGGUAAGACAUCUCUGGAGAGUGUGUCUGGAUGGGUCUCUCUCCUGAUGGCUUUGAUGUGGGAGUACACCUCUCCCGAAUCCUACUGGGGACCCUACCUGUCCCUGUGGCCUGACCUAAAGGCCCUGGACCACCCCAUGUUCUGGUCCGAGCAGGAGCGGGAGCGGCUGCUCCAGGGAACAGGGAUUCCCGAGGCAGUGGACAAGGACCUCGCCAACAUCGGGAGGGAAUACAGCGACAUCGUCCUGCCCUUCAUACGCCUGCACCCCGACCUGUGGGACCCUGAGAAGCACACGCUGGAGCUCUACACCAGCCUGGUGGCCUUCGUCAUGGCCUACAGUUUUCAGGAGCCUCUUACAGAUGAUGAGGAGGACGAUGAGAAGGAGCCAAACUUCCCCAUGAUGGUGCCAAUGGCCGACAUGCUGAACCACGUGUCCAAUCACAACGCCCAUCUGGAGUUCACGCUUGACUUCCUGAAGAUGGUGUCGGUGCGGCGUAUACGGAGAGGGGAGGAGGUAUUCAACACAUACGGAGAGAUGGCCAACUGGCAGCUGCUGCACAUGUAUGGCUUCGCCGAGCCGUAUCCCAGCAACAGCAACGACACCGCAGACAUACCCAUGUCCAACGUCUACAAAGCGGGCGUUGAAGCCACGAAGAGCAAGGAGGACCAGCGCCUCCUGGUGGACAAGUGGAAUUUGCUGUGUGAGAUGGAGAUGGUCGGGGAGAAGGGUGCGUUCAUCUUCGGCCAAACAGGGGUGCUGACAGUCACAGAACUCUACAACACGCUCAAGGUGCUCGGCAUGCCAGCGGAGGAGUUUGAGGAGUGGAAGGAAAACGAGGGCUGGGAGGAGGUGCAGGAGGAAGAGGAGGAAGAUGAAGAGAAGAUGUCGCGGGCCCUCUCCAUGGAGGCGCUCCCACAGCUCGCCCCUGCCUGGAGGCGGCUGAUCCAGGCCGCCGCCCGCUUCACCCUGGCCUCGUACCGCUCGGACCUCCGGGCUGACCAGGGCCUGCUGGAGGAUGGGGAGGCCCACGCCCGCCUGAGCAGCAGGGAGUGGCGGGCCCUGCAGGUGCGCUACGGGCAGAAGGUGAUCCUGCACAAACUGCUGGAGCUGACCCAGCCUUGACUGCCCCCUACAGGACUGGAGGUGACCGAGCCCUGACUGCCCCCUACAGGCCCAGAGGACAUCUGCACAAACUGUUGGAGCUGGCCAGGAGGUGCCAUAGCAUCCCUUAAUCUGCAAUUAACUAAUAAUUGAACAACCUUAAAAAUGUAUAUAUAUAUGUGGUGGUUUCUGUUGCACAAAUUGCGUGUCAACAGUCAACCAAAGGUUUCAUAGUUUUCAUUUCAUUCUGUGCCUACAAUUUUGUUUUCUUUAAACCACACAUCUUUAUAAAAAGUACAUCACACACUGUGCCCAAUUAACUGCAAACCCCCCCCCAAAAAAAAAAACAAACAGGUUUUGGAAUAAAUUACUGGGAGCAUAAUAGUGUACGAUUAUCAUUUUAGGAUUGCUCUCAGUUAACCUGCACCUCAUGAGAGUUUUGGGUGUUCCUCCUCCCUCCCUGUCAAACAUUCUCUACCCCGCUGGACAAUUUCUAGUGGGAAAGAGGAGUGUCUGGACUCCUGCCAGCCUUCUGCAUACUUGCCUGAAGUGAACCCACAAAAAACAUCUGUUUACCAGCACACCAGUUAUAAAAUGUGUGCAGUGAACUAAACUGCACUAUAUAAGGUUGGGACCCCAUAGUAUUAUUGAAUUUCUCCAUUUGGUUUUCUCCUUCACUGAAAGCAUACUGGCUUUAGGUUGUGCACUUCCAUAGGGUGUAUACCUGAGCAAUCUCCCCCAAUUCUCUCCAGUCAUCUUUAGUUUUAUACAGUUGGGGACAUUUACUCUGCUGUACAUGUAAAAUGCGUUCCGCCAAGAAUUCAAACGUGCCUCCUGGUUUCCCAGCUUCUCCUUCCUAACCACUCACACUACGGCUACUGCGACGCAGACGCUGCCAUUUUGACUCAAGGCAGGAUUUCUAUUGGAUCUGGUGCUGAUGAAAGUGACCUUCACUGUAAAGUGGGUGGAUCUGAAACAUGGACCUUUGUUCCAGGUGUCAAGUGCCUGGGCAUUGGAGUACUGCUUUUUGGGUAGAUUGUAUUACUGUGAUACUUUACAAUUUUUAAAAUAAAAAAAUUUAAUUGAAA